UUGCCCCGCCCCUCGUCGCACCCGACGCCCCUCUGAUCCACGUCGGAAGCAGGGGGUCGCUUCCCAAGAUGGCGCGUGUGUUGGCUGGGAUCGCAGUAGGGCUCUUUUCCAGACUUCAGACUGCAGUUCCAACGGUAAAAACUUUUUCCACGUCACAGUCCUCGCUUCAAGUGCCUGGUGCUAGCUGGAACCUGGGUCAACUCAAUCAUGUAGCAGUGGCAGUGCCAGACCUGGAAAAGGCCAAGGUACUUUAUAAGGAUGUUCUGGGGGCCCAGGUCAGUGAGGCGGUCCCUCUUCCUGAGCAUGGAGUGUCCGUUGUUUUUGUCAACCUGGGAAAUACCAAGAUAGAGCUGCUUCAUCCUUUGGGAAGUGACAGUCCAGUUGCAGGUUUUCUGCAGAAGAACAAGGCUGGCGGAAUGCAUCACGUCUGCAUUGAGGUGGAUGAUAUAAAUGCGGCUAUGGCGGACUUGAAAGCAAAGAAGAUUCGUAUUCUAAGUGAAGAGGCCAAAAUAGGAGCACAUGGAAAACCAGUGAUUUUUCUCCAUCCUAAAGACUGUGGUGGAGUCCUUGUGGAAUUGGAGCAAGCUUGAUUUAUGUUUGCCAGAAACUGAGUUAAUUGACCUGAAAAAUGCCUUAUCAGAAUGUCAAAAUGUACCUUGGCGUUGAGUCCUUCACUGCUUCCAUCACUUAAAAGUUCAAAGUUGAAACUAAAUUACAGAAAGAAAUUUCUUAAAUUAUAUAUAUAUAAUUAUUUUGCAAAUAUUUUGUGUGUGCAUGUAUAUUGUUUUGCAAAUAUUCUGUGUGUCUAUAUGUAUAUACGAUAUAUGUACAUAUAUUCAUCAAGUAUAUAGAAACACAUUUACUCCUUUCCUAGACUACACAUAUAUAUAUAUACACACACAAAAUAUUUGCAGAUCACUUUGGAUUUUUUUCUUGAUUUGGAGAAAACUUUGAUAAAUACUUAGGGACUAUUAUUAAAUCAUAUCCUCUCAAUAAUAUGACUAUUAUUAAAAUCAUAUUCAUAGAAGUAAAUUAUUCCUGUUCUAAAAUGGGGUAAUUGAGUACAGUGUGUUAGCUGUGUGUGUGUGUGGAUGUUAGGAUGGUUGUCCAGAGGAGUUAGGAAAGGACCCCUGACAGCUGCAUGGCUACAUGUCUGGGACAGAAUGAUUUCUGAGGAUGUUAUGGAGAGUUUUUAGAGCAAACUGUUUAAGGUUAGGGAGUUCUGACGUCAAAAUUUUCGCUCUUCUGGAACAACUCAUGUUCACAAGUUCCUUAUGGGCCAAUAUUUUGGGCACUAGGCCUAGAUGUAUGAAUAGGAAGUUUUGUGGAAAAUGUGGUGCCUGAUCUAGCGGGUGCAUAGGUAGAUGAUUUUUUUUAAAUCAGGAAAUAUGGAAAGAGCAGUGAAUUUGUAGAGUUACCUAUCAGGUGCUAGAAAACACGACAGGUCCUAGAGAAAUGUACAAAGUGAACAGAAACCCAUUGCCAAGAAACUUAUGGUCCAGUUGGGAAAACUACUUCACGAAAUGAAUGUGCUUAUAAAACAACAUGAAUGAGUUGAAAGGAAAGGGAAAGGAGCACAGCUCUCAGAGAAAGCGCUUGGAGGCAUAAGAGGUUUCUGGUCAGACUCCCAAAGAGAAAGUAGUAUCAGAUGAAUUUCAAGGAUCACGGAUGGAUGUAUGGAACGCAUAGUACGGGAAAAGUGGAUAGUCUUAAGUUCACGGAUGAUUGGAUGUUGAGUAAAUAACUAGGUGUGUGUACACGUUGAGCUUGUUACUGUGGAAGACAAGUAUAACAGUUAUAUUUGUCAUUUAAACGUUAAAAUCAAAAAUUGUUCUCAGUGUAGAGGUAAUAUUUAAGACAACUGUAUCACGGGGGUGGCGAGGAUAAAGGGACUUAAAUGGCGUUUAAGUAUCAACAUUCCACUUGAACAGAUAAAUGCUAAUAUAACAAGUAGACUGUGAUAAACUUCAUGUGUAUAUUGAAGUCCCUGGAGUUAACCAUUGAAUAUACUAGACAAAGAGACACACUCAUAAAUGUAGAUAAAUCAAAAUGGAAAUUUAAGAAUGCACAUAUGACCCACUUGAAGACAGAUAAGGGGAAACAGGAGAAAAACAAAAAGUAAAAUGACAGGCUCACAUCCUAACGUAUCAGUGAUUACGUUACAUCUGGUUGGACUUAAAUUCCAUCACCCUUGCCAGUGAUUGGUUCACAGUGUGUGACCUGUAUCUGGACAAAGAGUGUGAAUAAAUGCUUCCUAGACGUUUCCAGGAAUGUUCUUUCCCACUUUAAGGUGAGAGCCAUGAAUGUCAGUCUCUCUGUGUCCAGAUGUGAACAAGCAAACGGUUGGUUUCCAGUUGCUAUAAGCAACCAUCUACCAACUAUGAAAAAACAUGUAGAUAAGAAUGACGCUGAUUGGCAGAGCAGAGAGACGGAAAACUGUUUUCAGUGACGUCUUAAAAGGAAUUAUUAUUGAGUAAGUAGUUGAAUCUAUUAUAAUGGGUUUUUUUUAAUUAAGAAAAAACUUUCUCCUCAUUUUUUAAUUGAAAUAUAGUUGAUUUGCAAUGAAUGUUGUGUUAGUUUCUGGUGUAGAGCAUAGUGAUUCAGUUAUAUACAUGUAUUCUAUUUAUUCUUUUUCAUUAUAGGUUACUACAGAUAUUGAAUAUAGUUCCCUGUGCUAUACAGUAGGACCUUGUUGUUUAUCUAUUCUGUACAUAAUAGUUUGUAUCUGCCAAUCCCAAACUUCCAGUUUACCUCUUCCCACCCCCGCCUGCCCACCUGGUAACCAUAAGUUUGAGGAAAAACCACUAUUUUCACUGAAAAGUUAUUUCUGAAAAAUAAAAAUAAUUACCCACUACAUCCACAUAAUUUUUUAAAAGCUUGGCAUAGCUUUUACAAACAUUAAAAGCAAAGCAAACUUACUCUUGUUACUUACUGAUGUAUUUUAGUGAGUGCCUUAACCAUACCUAUCUGUAAUACCUCAUUAUUGCAUUUGUCUGAAAAAGGCAAUUUUAACAUAAUAUUUUAAAACAUAAUUGCCUAAGUUUUCAUCAAAAUUCUAAUUUAGAGUUUAUAGAUUAGAAAUUGUUGACAUACCCAGUUGACUCUUGUGUGUGGAACAUACAUUUUUUUCCUUUUAAAUAGUCAUUUUUUUUUUAGAGCAGUUUCAAGUUCACAGCAAUAUUGAGCAGAAAGCGCAGAGUUCCCAUAUAACCCCUGCCACACAAAUGUGUAUAUAGCUUCCCCUACAGUCAGCACUGACACAAGAAUGUUGCAUUUAUUACAGCUGAUGAACUUACACUGACAAAUCCUUGUCACCCAACAUUCACAAUUUUUGUUAGGGUUCACUCUUGGUUUUACACAUUCUAUGGGUUUUGACAAAUGCAAAGUGACAUGUAUCCAUCAUUAGGGCAUUUACAGAAUAGUUUUGCUACCCUACAGAUGCUCUGUUUAUAUAUUCAUCUUUCCUGGCAACCACUGAUCUCUCUACUGUCUCUGUAUUUCGCCUUUUCCAGAAUGUUGUAUAAUUGGAAUCAGAUAGUAGUUAGCCUUUGUAGGCUGGCUUCUUUCACUUGAUGGCUCGUUUCUUUUUAGAGCUGAAUAAUGUUCCAUCACUUGGAUGUAUCGCAGUUUACCCAUUCAUCUACAGAAGGACAUCUUGGUUGCUUCCAUUUUUCGGCAAUUAUGAAUAAAGCCUCUCUAAACAUA